AUGUUUGCCCAAUCGAAACAGGGAGCUCAAUAUGAAGAAUCGAAACAGGGAGCUCAAUAUAAAGAAUCGAAACAGGGAGCUCAAUAUGAAGAAUCGAAACAGGGAGUUCAAUAUGAAGUGUACGAAAUGACUCAACAACGGGACUACUCCCAAACAACAACGUCAAUUGACGAGCAAACUAAUCCUUACGAGCUGGGUGAGAAUGAGGAAGAGGAAGAGGAUAAUAUUGGAAACCGUGAAUCUUUAGAUUCUCAUUCAUCACAAGUUUUCCAAGAUUUAGAGAGCUACGUCAAUAAAAUAGAAAGAGGAGCGGUUAAUGAUUUUCAUAAUGACCCUGUUUUCCAUUCAAUACUACGAAAGUAUAGAAAAGAAGGGGUUAACACUAAAAUAUGUGGUGUUUUCUCGUUAGCUUGUCUAGCCAUUUGGAUCAGUGGUGUUAUUCUAUAUUCACAGCUAAGUCCCUCGCUGAUAUUAUCCAAAGUUACUUGGCAAACUACAGUUCAAAUAAGUGAUGGUAUCAAUAUCACUUUGAGCGAAUAUAAUCCCCAGUUUCGAAACUUGACUUUUGAUCGUUGGAGGAGUGGCACCUAUCAAACACGCAACGAAGAAAUUAUUUGGUUAACGGAACAGCAGUUUCCCAAGAGUCCAGGCGGUGCGUUUUACCUCAACCCUAAACCCGACCUGAUUGUUGUUAAACAAAUCAACUCCAAUUACGAAAAGAGCUUUCUCGAGUCACGGAAAUUUGCUUACAAAAACAAUUUCUUUUAUAUCGAGGAAGUGGUGUUGAAUCCCAGUGCCAGUAUAUCAGAUUCAAAUACCCUCCAUUUAAUUAAAACUGAUACAUCAGAACAGUGGAGACAUCUGACGUUUGCUCUUUAUUGGUUAUAUAGCCCAGCACUAUCAACAUAUCUGCCGAUCCAACCAACUCAAGAGGAUCCUCGCUUGAGAAAUAGGUUUUUGGACCUGGAUAAGAAAGAAGCUUUGGAGAAGCUAAACUAUGUCCAGUUUUCGCCAGAUGGCCAUUAUAUCCUUUUUGCAUUUGAAAAUGAUCUCUUUGUCCAGGAUUUGUUUAAUAAUGAUAUUCAACAAAUAACUCAGGAUGGAUCAUCAAACAUUUUCAACGGUAAACCAGAUUGGGUCUAUGAGGAAGAGGUGGUUGCCACUGAUAGGAUGGCAUGGUGGUCCCCUGAUUCCAAACGGAUUCUAUUCUCCAAAAUAAAUGAUACGCAAGUGCAAGAUGUAAGUAUUGAUUAUUUCGUCAAGUCUGCUCCAGAAAUUGGAAUACAAUACGAACAAGAGUCGUUGGAAGAAAAAUCUGCUAAAGGUCUCAACCAAUAUCCAAUAAGAACUAUUUUAAAGUAUCCCAAACCGGGAUCACAAAAUCCAAUCAUCACGCUUCACGUUUAUGACGUUGAACUGCAGAAGGUUGAUCUAUUACAAGACAAGGAUGAGACAUUAGGCAAGGACUUUAUUUUAUAUCAAGCAACUUGGGUGGACAAAGACAACUUCUUGAUGAAGCAAACAGAUCGUACUAGUACCAUUCUUGCAAAGAAAAUAUACCGUCCAAACGAAUCAAAGGAUAUUAAAACCGUGCACUCGGCAAAUGUCACUGCUGUUUAUGGUGGUUGGGUGGAAAAAAUGAAACCAAUGACAGUGAUUGAUGGCGAAUUGGGGAACAAAUAUAUUGACAAUUAUGUCCAGAAUGGUAUGAAUUACUUGGCUGUUUUUGAUAAUGCUACUUCUGUCUUUCCACUGCGAGUUUUUGGCAAGUUCCAAGCAAUCAGUGAGGCCGUUUAUGAUAAGCGGGAGAAUUACAUUUAUUUUUUAAGCAAUAUCAAAAGUUCAAUGGACUCGCAUCUCAUUGGAAUAAAUCUCAACCUGGGGAAAUACAUGGACUUGACAGAUAUCACAAAAGAAGGUCAUUAUUCAGUGCAAUUUUCCCCAAACGGUAGACUUUUGAAUUUGAAGUAUAAUGGCCCUGACCAGCCUUGGCAACGACUAAUAAGUAUGGCUGAAGUACACGAUCAAUUUGUCGAUAAUGAUGAUGAUGAUAAUGAUGAUGAUGAUGAUGGUCACGAUAAUGAUGCUCUCUUUACUGUGCAAGAAGUUAUUCAAAAGCAGCCGAUAAUCAAUCAAGUGGAUGCAUUUACCAAAGAGUUAAAAACCACAAAUCUACCCACUGUCAAUUUUCGAAAAAUCAAAAUCAAAAAGGAUGAUGUUUCAUUAAGUGUGAGAGAAAUCUUGCCCCCAAACUUUGAUCCCGAGAAUAAGAAGAAGAAGAAGAAGUAUCCAAUUGUGGUCCACACUUAUGGAGGACCUGGUUCUCAAAUUGUUUUUAAAAAGUUCAAUAUCGAUUUUCUUCAAAUUUUAAGUUCAGCCUUGGAUGCAAUAGUACUAGAAAUCGAGCCUCGUGGUACUGGUGGCAACGAUUGGAAAUAUAAAAGCUAUGCAAAGAAUAAAAUUGGGUACUGGGAAGCGCGUGAUAUCAAGUUGGUUACUUCUGAGUACAUUAAAGCAAACCAAGAAUUUGUAAACACGCAACGAGUAUCUAUCUGGGGCUGGUCAUAUGGCGGGUUUACAACGUUAAAGACAUUAGAGCACGACAAGGGGGAAAUUUUCAAGUAUGGUAUUGCUAUUGCACCAGUAACCAAUUGGAUGUUUUAUGACUCAAUCUACACAGAGAGAAUAAUGAACCGACCUCUGGAGAACCCUAAUUAUGGCGAAUAUGCGAGAAUUAACGAUGUUGCAAGCGUUAGCAGUGCCAAGAGGUUUCUCUUAAUGCACGGAUCAAGUGACGAUAAUGUCCAUUUACAGAAUACUAUGUGGCUCAUAGACAAGCUCAAUAUGCAAAGUAUUAGCAAUUAUGAUUUACAGAUAUUUACCGAUAGUGAUCACGAUAUAUACUACCACAAUGCCGGAGAAAUGGUCUAUGGAAAGAUUCUACAUUGGCUACAAAACGCCUUUAAUGGUAAAUUUGACAAUCAAUCAGCUAUUCGGAAUAGCAGGUUGCAAAAAGAUACCUUGGAAAAGGCAAAGAGAUACCUCCAAGAUCAAGAUAGAAUCGAGAAAUUGAUUAACCACUGGCGAACAGUAGCACAAAUGGCUUCGAAUUACUUGUAUAACGAGCAAUCGAUAAAAUUUGCGCGAAUGGGGGGGUUUAAACAAUGGCAAAUACAAGAGUGGCUGCGAGAAAAGGAAUUGGCUGCAAGUAGAUUAGAAGAUGCGAGAUUAAUGCUUUACCAAAAGUUGGAGUUGGAGUUGGAGUUGGGAAAGGUUGACGAAGAAGAAAAAGAGUGUAUUAUGCAAGAAUUUAAUGGUUCAUAUGGGUUAGAUGAAGAAGGCACUCCUAUUGAAGAAGAAGAAGAAAUGCCUGAUUUUAGUGAUGAUUUUACAAUGAAAAAUUUAUAUAAGAUCUUGGGUCUAGAUUAUGAGCUAGUGUUUGAGUAA